AUGGCGGACGCAGAUGAGGAUGCGGUCCGGGGUACCGCGGUGGAAGCGACGCAGAUCGAAACCGAUCUCUCGGAUGAAACGCAGGACUUUCGCCUUUUGAACCACCUCAACUUUCUUACAGAUACAUCCUCAUCCAGUCUACCCCGUCGCGGAGAAAAAGACUUUGAACCCAACCCGACUCUCUUCCAAGCCGAUGUUCUCUCCUCGUCUCGACAGGCAAUGCACAAUGCGCUUGCGCAUCCCCGUCUACAUAAUCCCAAGAAUCUAGUGAUUGCCAUUUACGCGCCCGAUGGGCCUGGAACUUCUGCGUCUCCUCCACACGCAUCGUCCCAGAUUUCCCUGAAUUCUUCUCCUCCUUCUACUACGCAAGAACAAAAUCCCGUCAAGCCACCGGGCCGAGGCGCCAUGGUCUCACCCGAUGCUUGCGUCUACGUGCCGAACCCCAAGGGCCAGUAUUUUAAAAGCAUGGGUCAAGCAGACCGAAAGGGUGUCGUGUGGUUAUUGCCCGAGGAAGCCUUGUAUCUCCUUGAAAGAGGCAGUCUGGAUAUCCGCUGGCCUGCUUCGAUCACGGGCGGUUCAACAUCAAGCGGACCGGGCGAGCCAGGCGCGCAGAGCAGCGAGGACGAUGACGACUUAUCCAUCCCGAUGAGUCUUCAGGCUGCUUAUACGUGUCUCAUUGGAAGAGGCGGAUUGACGCUGGAGCGGUUCUCGGUGUUUUCCAGCUUAAAGAGAAUUGGAUAUGCGAUCGUUCGUGCUCCGGGAUGGGAUGACUCGAGGACGGCCGAAGAUUCCUCGGAUACGCACGACUCUUCCAACGCAUAUACGCAGCCUCUUCUGCGUGGAGCGGGUCUUGCUGGGAUCUUUGGACGGAUCUUCAAGUGGAUCAAUGAUCCACGCUGUACUUCUUCUCUGGCGGCUGGUCCCGUCAUUGGAUAUGGAAUUCACCGAAGCUACGCCGACAUCUACCAAAGACUCGCCCUAAUCCCCUGGUACGACCCGACCCUCACGCCCCAGCGCGAUCCGCUCGACACAACCGUCCCCUUCCGCAUAAUCUUCCACGUCUACAAACCCUCCACCCCGAUCAAAAAGACCGCUCUCCCCGCCCCCGACUUCCGCAUCGCCGUCAUCAACACCCGCGAACACGACUCCAUCCCCACGCUCGACCAGCUCGGCGCCCUGCUCGAAAGCACCCCGCUUGAUGUCCCCAGGGGUGAGAAGAUGGAGCGUCAUUUGUAUAUGCGUCUGCGACACGGGUAUCGGAAUGUUAUUAUGGCGGUGGUGGAUCAAGGAGUCACGAGUUUCUUGAGGGUCGCGGAUGCGGCGUUUGGUAAGGAGAGGAUCUAUGAGGCGGCUAAUGCGCCGAUGGGGGCGAAAAAGGGGGGCAAUUAUAGGAAGAAGAAGAGGUGA